AGCGGCGGGUCCGGCCCUGCCCCGGCUCGGGCCCCGGAGGAGCCUCCGAGAUCCCGGCCCUGCCCCGGCGGGUGUGACCAUGGCGGGCACCGCCCCCGCUCCAGGCGUCCCCGAGCAUCCCUUCACCUGCCGGGAGUGUGGGAAGUCGUUCCGCUGGUCGUCUCGCCUGUCCCACCACCUGCGCAGCCACACUGGUGAGCGGCCCUACAAGUGCCCCGAGUGCCCCAAGGCCUUCAAGGGCUCCUCCGCCCUCCUCUACCACCUGCGAGGCCACACGGGUGAGCGGCCCUACACCUGCGCCACCUGCGGCAAGGCCUUCAAGCGCUCUUCGCUGCUCCAGACUCACCUGAGGGUGCACACGGGCAUCCGGGCCUUCGAGUGCGCCCAGUGCGGCCUCACCUUCAAGUGGGCGUCGCACUACCAGUACCACCUGCGGGCGCACACGGGCGAGCGGCCCUACCGCUGCCCCGUCUGCCCCAAGGCCUUCAAGAACUCGUCGAGCCUGCGGCGGCACCGCCACACCCACACGGGGGAGCGGCCCCACACCUGCGGCACCUGCGGGAAGGGCUUUGCACAGGCGGCCAACCUGCGGCAGCACCUGCGAGUGCACACGGGGGAGCGGCCCUACACCUGCGGCACCUGCGGCAAGAGCUUCACCCACUCCUCCAACCUGCACCUGCACCGCCGCACCCAUGGCCCCGCCCACCCGCCAGGACACACCCCCUCGGCCGCACUCACCUGCCCGCAGAGGCACCCGCCGGGCUGCGGCCCCGACACCCCCGAGGAGCCACCCCGGAGGGGCCUCACCUGCGCGGGGCGGGAGGCGGCCAGGCCGCCCCCGGCGCAGCCCCAGCGCUGCCUCUCCUGCGGGAAGGGCCCCAAGAGCCCCUCAGCGCGGCCUCACCUGCCCGAGCGGCCCCGGGGCGGACCCUGCGGCAAGCCCUGCGCUCACCUGGCGGCGCCGCUCGGCCACGCCCUGGGCGAGGCUGCCGAGGUCGCACCCGCCCCCGAGGAGCCGCCGCCGCCCCCCGAGCGGCCGUACAGGUGUGGCGAGUGUGGCAAAGCCUUCAAGGGCUCCUCGGGGCUGCGCUACCACCUGCGGGACCACACGGGUGAGCGGCCCUACGCCUGCGCCACCUGCGGCAAGGCCUUCAAGCGCUCCUCGCUGCUCCAGACUCACCUGAGGGUGCACACGGGCAUCCGGGCCUUCGAGUGCGCCCAGUGCGGCCUCACCUUCAAGUGGGCGUCGCACUACCAGUACCACCUGCGGGCGCACACGGGCGAGCGGCCCUACCGCUGCCCCGUCUGCCCCAAGGCCUUCAAGAACUCGUCGAGCCUGCGGCGGCACCGCCACACCCACACGGGGGAGCGGCCCCACACCUGCGGCACCUGCGGGAAGGGCUUUGCACAGGCGGCCAACCUGCGGCAGCACCUGCGGGUGCACACGGGGGAGCGGCCCUACACCUGCGGCACCUGCGGCAAGAGCUUCACCCACUCCUCCAACCUGCACCUGCACCGCCGCACCCACUCGGCCGCACGGCCCUUCCGCUGCCCCGCCUGCCCCAAGGCCUUCGUGGUGGCCGCCUACCUGCAGCGCCACCUGCGCACCCACCGCACGCCCGAGCCGCGCCCCCCGACCUGUCUGCUGCUGCGGGGGGGGCCGCCCCUCCCGCCCGCCGCCCCCCGCAAGGUGCUGCUGCUGCCCGGCCCCGCCAAGCCCGCCCAGGUGCCCGCCCGGGCUCACCUGGCGCAGGUGGGGAAGGGGCCACAGGCCUGGCAGAGCGUCCUGGUGGUGCCCCCUGGGGCGGGACAGGAGGGGGCGGGGACGAGUGUGAUCGUGCUGAGGGGUGGGAUGGGGCCUGCAGGUGUGCAGGUACAGGUGGCUGAGGCGGCAGGGAUGGCGACAGGUGUGACAGGUGUGGCAGGGGUCACGGGUGUGACGGGUGGGGCACGCAUGGCAGGUGUGCAGCUCCUCCAAGCCACCGAGGUGACAGGUGUGGCAGGGGUCACAGGUGCUCCAGGUGUAUCAGGGGUCACAGGUGUGGCAGGUGGGACAGGUGUGGCAGGUGUUACAGGUGUUCCAAGUGUGCAGCUCCAGACCACCGAGGUGACAGGUGUCACAGGGAUCACAGGUGUCCCGGGUGUGCAGCUCCAGGUGUUGCCGGAGGUCACCAACAUCCAGGUGCGGGGGGGGGAGGGGACAGGAGUGACAGGGAUGACAGCUGUUCCAGGUGUGGCAGGUGUGAGCAGGGUAACAGGUGUCAAAAGUGUGACAGGUGUGCCAGGUGUGCAGCUCCAGGCCACUGAGGUGACAGGUGUGGCAGGGGUGCCAGGUGUCAUAGGUGUGCCAGGUGUGCAGCUCCAGGUGUUGCCGGAGGUCACCAACGUCCAGGUGCAGGGCAGGGAGGUGACAGGUGUGACAGAGGGGGCAGGGGUGACAAGUGUCCUAGGUGUCCCAGGUAUUACUGGUGUGACAGGUGUCACAGGUGUCACAGGUGUGACAGGUGUUGCAGGUGUCACAGGGGUGCAGCUCCAGGCCACCGAGGUGACAGGGGUGACAGGUAUGACAGGGGUGACAGGUAUGACAGGGGUGACAGGGGUGACAGGUAUCCCAGGUGUGACAGGAGUGCCAGGUGUCACAGGUGUCACAGGGCUGCAGCUCCAGGUGCUGCCAGCGCCCUCCGAGGUGACCAAAGUCCAGCUCCAGGUGUUGCCACCGCCACCUGAGGUGACCAAUGUCCAGCUCCAAGCGUUGCCACCACCCUCAGGUGUCACCAGAGUGCAGCUCCAGGUGCUGCCACCUCCACCUGAGGUCACCAAAGUCCGGCUCCAGGUGCUGCCACCACCCCUGGAUGUCACCUGUGUCCAGCUCCAAGCAGGUGAGGUGGCCAAUGUCCAGCUCCAGGUGUUGCCCCCGCCCCCUGAGGUGACCAAUGUCCAGCUCCAGGCGCAGCCCCCACCCUCAGGUGUCACCUGUGUCCAGCUCCGAGCAGGUGAGGUGGCCAAUGUCCAGCUCCAGGUGCUGCCACCACCACCUGAGAUGACCAAUGUCCAUCUCCAGGCCACUGAGGUGACCAAAGUCCAGCUCCAAGCGAUGCCACCGCCCUCCCAGGUGACCAAUGUCCAGCUCCAGGUGCUGCCACCACCACCUGAGGUGACCAAUGUCCAUCUGGAGACCAUGGAGGAGGUGCCCAGUGCCCACCUGGAAACCUUGGAGGUGCCCCCUGUGCACCUGGAGACCUCAGAGGUGCCCAGUGCCCACCUGGAGACUUUGGAGGUGCCCCCUGUAACCCUGGAACUCGGCACGGAGGUGCCCAGUGCCCACCUGGAGAUGAUGGAGGUGCCUCACGCCCACCUGGAAGCCUUGGAGGUGCCCAGUGCUCACCUGGAGACAUCAGAGAUGCCCAGUGGCCACCUGGAGACCCCCAAGGAAGUGCCCAGUGCCCACCUGGAGCCCACAGAGGUGCCCAGUGCCCACCUGGAAACCUUGGAGGUGCCCUCUGUGCACCUGGGGACACCAGAGGUGCCCAGUGCCCACCUGGAACCCCCCGAGGAGGUGACAAAUGUCCACCUGGAGACCUUGGAGGUGCCCAGUGCCCACCUGGAACCCCCUGAGGAGGUGCCCAGUGCCCACCUGGAGACCUCAGAGGUGCCCAAUGCCCACCUGGAGGUGAUGGAGGUGCCCAGUGCCCACCUGGAGCCCACGGAGGAGGUGACAAAUGUCCACCUGGAGACUUUGGAGGUGCCCAGUGCCCACCUGGAACCCCCUGAGGAGGUGCCCAGUGCCCACCUGGAGACCUUGGAGGUGCUGGGGGGAGCAUCUGCCUACCUGUGCCUGCAGGUGACAGAGAUUAGCGGGGCCCGGGUGGCACCGCGGGCACGGGAAACUCUGAGUCACAACCGCAGGGGCCGCCGAGGGGGCACCUGGGGGGGCACUGACACCCCCUGACCCACCGGGGGACACAGGGCCCAUGGAAGCAGCGGCCGAGGAGGAAGAGGAGGAGGAGGAGGAGGAGGAAGGGGAGGCCCAGGAGAGGCUCCUGCAGCACC